ACCAAACCAAGCCAAGCAAGCCUCACACCCUCGCCCGCGUCGUCUUCCUCCUAGCCGCCGUCGCGCAUGGCUCAGUUCGGCGGCUUCGGUGGCUGGUCCGCCAUGGACGUUGCCGCUGCCGCCGCCGCUGCUCUGGGCAACGUCAGCGGCGCGGUGUACCACGCCGAUCCUGCUGCUGCCGUGUACGCGUCUCUAGUCCCUGGCAUGGCUGUGGUCCCCGGGCGUGCUCCGCCGUCCGCCGUGCAGAUCGAGGCGGCGAGGCGGUGGAAGGAGCUGGAGAAGAUGGCCCUGCGGUCGGUGAAUCUCAUGGUGACGUGCGCCGGCGCCAUCCAGGCGGGCGACUACGCGGCGGCGGCCGGGAGCCUGUCCGACGCGCGCGAGAUCUUCGCCAAGAUGCCCACCACCCGCACCGGGAUCGGCCGCGUCCUCACCCACUUCGCCGACGCGCUCGCCGAGCGCCUGUUCCCGGCGUUCCCGCAGUCCGCGCCGCCGCCGCCCCCGCCACGCGGGGAGCAGCGCGAGCUCUUCCGCGGGUUCUACGAGGCGGGGCCGUACCUCAAGUUCGCCCACCUCGCGGCGAACCAGGCCAUCCUCGAGGCGUUCGAGGGGUGCAACAGCGUGCACGUGAUCGACUUCGCCCUCACCGAUGGCAUCCAGUGGCCGUCGCUCAUCCAGGCCUUGGCCGUCCGCCCCGGCGGCCCGCCGUUCCUCCGCAUCACCGGGAUCGGCCCCCACGCCGCCGGCAACCGCGACGAGCUCCGCGACGUGGGCCUCCGCCUCGCCGAGUUCGCGAGAUCUUGCAGCGUCCCCUUCGCCUUCCGCGGGAUCGCCGCGGACCAGCUCGACGGGCUCCGCCCGUGGAUGUUCCAGGUCGCGCCCGGCGAGGCCGUCGCCAUCAACUCCGUGCUCCAGCUCCACCGCCUCCUGGUCGACCAGGACGCCGCCGCCGCGGCGUCGUUCCCGGCGCCCAUCGACGGCGUGCUCGACUGGGUCGCGUCCAUGAACCCCAGGGUCUUCACGGUGGUCGAGCAGGAGGCGGAUCACAACAAGUCGUCGCUGCUCGAGAGGUUCACUAACUCCCUCUUCUACUACGCCUCCAUGUUCGACUCGCUCGAGGCUAUCAGCCGCCAUGGCGGCGGCGACGGGGCGGGCAACCCGCUCGCCGAGGCGUACCUGCAGGGGGAGAUCGCCGACAUCGUGAGCCGCGAGGGGAGCAGCCGGGUGGAGCGCCACGAGCAGAUGCCGCGGUGGGUGGAGAGGCUGCGGCGCGGGGGGAUGACGCAGCUGCCGCUCGGCGCCACCGGCCUCUGGCAGGCGGCGAUGCAGCUCCGCGAGUUCUCCGGCGCCGGCUUCGGCGUCCAGGAGAACGGCGGCUUCCUCACGCUCACCUGGCAUAGCCAGAGGCUGUACUCGGCGUCGGCGUGGCGCGCGACCGCGGGGAAGAAGAUGACGAUGAUGGCUAGCGGCGCCGCCGACGCCAUGGAGGAGAGUCAGAACAGCAACACCAACGGCGGCGGCGGCGGAAGCAGUGGUGGUGGCCAUGGUGCUCUCAACCAAAUCAUGCAGUGAAGAAGAGGGAUGUUUGGGUUUCGAAGUUUAUGUGGGGGAAACAAUGUGAUCGAUUUUGAUGAACCAGAUUAAAAAGUUGUAAUAAUAUUGCAUUUAGUCUGAGAGAGCAACAUGUUGGUUUUCGAAUUAAUAAUAAAAUGUCGUUUCUAGUUCAUUGGCAA